CGUAUCAGCCAUAUCAACGCAUUGGACUGGAACCAAUAUACAAACAUCUAUAAGGCACUUGAGGGGGAAGUACAAGAGGAAGGAAUGGAUUUGGUACUCACUGGACCAUAUAGGAUGCUAGAGGCUUACUCCACCUUGGGCUUGGAGGUUUUCACAGCCGACGAUGAUGAGGGGUCUUCUACCGGUCGUAUUUUCAAAAGGUGGGAUGUUGCUUGGCCUGAUGAGGUUGAGGAAUUCACACAAACCAUCUAUGGAGGCCUUGGCCGCAAGUUGGAGGUCACAUACUUGGUGAUUCCGGAAGCCAUUGAGACCCAUGUUGAGGUCAGGUUGAACCUCAAAGACCUCGGUUCGAAAAGCCGCGCUGUGUAUGGUAGCGUCAAGUCAAUUGCCAUUGACUAUGGGAGCAAAAGCGUCCAUCUCUUCAGUUGUGAACGAGGAAAGAGCUUGUCCCUGCCCUGUGGUUCCACGUGCAUUCUUCCACUGGAACCACACAUGAUUGCAUUGCCAUAUCUUGGACAUUUCGACCUCCAGAUAGAGGUGGACCUAAGAGUAAUCACAACCUGUGACAGCCAAGAAGAGGACAAGAAUUUGAAAUUCUGUCUAGACUGCAGCCGUAGAAUUAGGAGUGAAGAACGUGUAGAGCACCGUCUUAGAAUUAGGAGUCAAAAAAGAGAAGUUGAUGGUGAUCAAGUUGAAGUGAACGUCAUCUGGCACCUAGAAAGAACCUUCUAGAAAGGAGCUAGAAGACAAAAUAAGUGAAGGAAGGAAUGUGCCACAUCUGCAACUUUGUGUAUGUUAUAAUUUUAGCAUCA